AUGUCUACCACUACUCAAACCGAAACCUCUCAAUUGCAAUUGAACUCUGCUGCGCCAAUUCAGCACGCGCUUUCUGACGUUGUCAAGAACGAGGACUGGUCGGACUUUAAGUUCGCGCCAAUCCGCGAAUCUACCGUGUCACGUGCCAUGACUUCUCGUUACUUCCAAGACUUGGACAAGUACGCCGUGAGCGAUGUGAUCAUCGUUGGUGCUGGUUCUGCCGGUCUAUCUGCCGCUUACGUGAUUGCGAAGAAUAGGCCAGACCUAAAGGUUUGUCUCGUUGAGUCUAACGUUUCCCCAGGCGGCGGUGCCUGGCUCGGUGGUCAAUUGUUCAGUGCUAUGAUCAUGAGAAAGCCAGCUCACUUGUUUCUGCAGGACCUCGGCAUCUCUUACGAAGAUGAAGGUGACUACGUUGUUGUCAAGCACGCCGCUUUGUUCACUUCGACCGUGUUGAGCAAAGUCCUGGAAUUCCCAAACGUCAAACUGUUCAACGCUACCGCCGUUGAAGACUUGGUCACGAGACCAGCUGGCCAAAACGGUCAGGUCAGUGUUGCCGGUGUUGUGACCAACUGGACUUUGGUCACCAUGGCCCACGACCUACAAAGUUGCAUGGACCCUAACGUUAUCGAACUAAGCGGUUACAAGGACGAUGGUGAAAGAGACCACUCCACCAAGCACGGUGUCAUUUUGUCUACCACUGGUCAUGAUGGUCCAUUCGGCGCUUUCUCCGCCAAGCGUAUAGUCUCCAUCGACAAGAACAAGCAAUUGGGCGGAAUGAAGGGUUUGGACAUGAACAACGCCGAAGCCGGUGUCGUCAAGCACGCUGGUUCUUACUCUGGUGUUGAGAACAUGUACUUCGCUGGUAUGGAAGUCGCUGAGCUUGAAGGUUGCAACAGAAUGGGACCUACCUUCGGUGCCAUGGCCGUCAGUGGUAUCAAGGCUGCUGAGGAAAUCUUGAAGCACUUUGCCGCUUAG